AUGGAGACGGACGCGCCCACGGCCUACGAAUCCGAUGAGAAGCUCAUCAUCGCCCUUGACUUUGGCACCACGUUUUCUGGGAUCGCUUACUGCUUCGCCAACCAGCGAGAUACCAAGGUCGUCGCCAUUCUCGACUGGCCCGGUGCCGAAGGAGAAUCCGCCCCUAAGAUCCCCACCCUCAUCAACUACAGCGAUGCCGACGGGGGGGGUUUUGCGUGGGGAGCGUCGGUGAACCGUAUGCAGGACAACAUCGUCGGCGUCAAGCUGCUGCUCGACCCGAAGCAGGAACGUCCCCUGUACCUCCCAACCACCAACGUCAAACGGACCAUCAAGAGCCUCCCCAAAGCCCCCGUCGAGAUUGCCGCUGAUUUCAUUGGUGCCGUGUACCGCCAUGCCCUGGGCGAGAUCUCCAAGGUGGUCCCCCACGACUAUUUCAAGAUCUGUCAGAAGCACUUCGUCCUGUCUGUCCCCGCCGUCUGGUCGGACGCGGCCAAGAACGCGACGCUGCAGGCCGCCAAGAUCGCGGGCAUCUUCCCCGUCACCCUGAUCAAGGAGCCCGAGGCCGCCGCCCUAUACACCAUGCACUCUCUCGACUUCUCGCUCAACAUCGGAGACGCGUUCGUGGUCUGCGACGCCGGCGGCGGCACCGUCGAUCUCAUUUCCUACGAAGUCGUCGGGCUCAGCCCGAGCCUUCAGGUCAAGGAGCUCGUCCCAGGCACAGGUGGCAUGGCUGGAUCCCUCGGCUUGAACCAGCGCUUUGCCGAAGCGGUGAAGAAUCUUGUCGGCGACGACCAAUUCGCCAAGCUUCGCAAGACCAAGGGCUUCUUGCUUGCUGCAAAAAGCUUCGACCGAGAAGUUAAGCGGGCGUUCAAGGGCGAUCCGGACGAGGAGUACUUUGUCAAUUUCCCGAUGGCUUCCUUGGACGAUGACCCUGAUCUCGGGCUUGAAGCCAACUGCUGGAGGGUGACGGGAACCGAUUUAAAAGCUAUAUUUGCUCCCCUCAUCACCGACAUCCUCCGCUUAAUUGAUGAUCAAGGAAUUUUCCUGGUCGGAGGUUUCGGUAGCAGCCAGUAUCUCAAGGCGUGCAUCGAGAGAGAACAUCCCGACAUCCAGGUGCUCCAGCCGACAGAUUCGUGGGCGGCCAUUGUCAAGGGAGCGGCCCUAAGCAAGCUGCCAAAACAAGCGACUAUUGUUGCUACCUCAGCCCCGAAACAUUACGGUGUUGAAGCCUGGAUAAUCUACGACCCCGUAUUGGAUAAGGAUGUCCCAAGCGGGAUCCGACGGGACGGGACCAAGAGAGCUCUAAAUAUGACGUGGUUCAUCAACAUGGGUGACGAUAUCCAGCGCAAUCAAGAGAUCAAGUUGCCUUUCUACCGGAUCAUCGACGAAGAUUAUACACCCAACGAUCUCAUUUUCCGCGACACGCUGUAUGAGUGUGCCGACCGGUAUGCCCAGCUCCCAAACCCUGGUUUCCCUAGCAAAGGGAACAAGAUCCGUCCCAACUGUAAGGUGACCGCCGACUUGCGCUCUCUGUCGAGCAAACAAUUCAGGAAGGGAGUUGACGAGGAGGGAAAACCAUAUUACGAGAUCAGCUAUGAUCUUGUGGUCACGCUCAAGUCUGCGCUAAUGACCUUCUCGCUCGAGGUGGACGGUGUAUCGAUGGGGAGUGUCCAAGCGAAGUUCAGCUGA